AUGAACACACCACAGACCAUGGCCCUAGGCUGGGGCAGUCUAAUCGUCGCAGCGGGCGUCAGCUACUACUUUGCAAGGCAGAACAUCAACGAGCGCCGCAAGCUGCAGGAGGACGCGGGUCAGAGGCCGUCAGAGAAGCUUGACUGGCGCGCAAGGAUCGCGCAGGAGGAGAAGCAGGCGGAGGGUGCCGCCGGAGGGUCACCAGAAGGCACUCUUGUGAAUGUGAAGCCGUCACCUGUUGCCUCUGGAGGAUCAAGGCCUGGCCAUGAUACAUGA